GUGGGAGAGGUGCUCCAGCCCUAUAACCACAAAGCCUGCACUCUAGACAGGUGCUUCUGAUGGAGAGAAGUCUGGCUUUGGUCUUUGCCCCCUGGUUUGGGGCUGUUAGACAGCAGUUGUUGGUGUCUUGAGGCUGCAGGGGUUGUCCAGCUUUGACUUCCAGCCCUCGGAGUCUUCUUGUCUGUCAUUCUGAAGACUCCUUUGCUGAGGACCUUUUUUUCCUUUAAUUAUCAUUUGUAGGUGUGUCACAUCUCCCCAUUUCUUUCCAUAAUGAGGUAGGUUUACCUCUGGAAAGUAUUAACAUCCCAGCUCUUCCAGCAUCUGUCUGCAAGGAGAUGGUGAUGGCUUAACGUAGUGCUGUGUGGCAGCAGGUUUGGAUGGCACCAGUGGUGAUGUGUGCUUUGAAUAAUGGCAUCUUAUUCCUUUCUGGAGAAUUUUCACUGGACUGAAGCCUGUCUGUAGCAGCACACGUGGUUCCCUGGCGAUUCUUUAUAAAUUAAUUUGCUUUAAAAUGAGUUAGCCAAUCUGUAAUAAAUGUUUGCAGUGCUUCAAUCUGGAGGCCUAUAAACUGCCUGGAUAAACUCAGAUAAAUGGCUGUGAUGAAGUGAGCUUUUACCAUAUCUGUCGUUCAAGGUGCAAUAGUUAAUGAAGACGUGCUGCCCAGGACCGUGCUGGUGAAUGUGUGGUUGGUGACAGCAGGGUGGGAUGUGCAGCCUGUGGUCGCUGCCCCUGUGCUGGAGGAAGGCAGUUGCAAAGCAGCUGUGCCCUUCUGCAUGCAGCAGAGGUUUGGAGGUAUUCGCUGCACUGUGAGGGAAUAACAACGUUAUUCUUUAUUUUUUCUCACUUUCUGAUUUUAAUUAAACGUUUGGUGGUGGCUCCUCAUUUUUUCCAGGUAGGCCACGUAUUCCCCUGCUAACAGCUGAAUAAAGACGCUCAGAUGUGGAAGACCUGUGCUGUUACAGCACCAGUGAUGUCUCUCAUACUGUUUUUAAUAAGCUAGUCACCAGGUGUUCCUGGCUGCCCCCAUAGAGCUCCCUGGUCCAAGAGAAGACCCUUGUGCCCUCCCUUUGGUGGAAAACUAGGGCAGGUCUGCUCUUUCACACGGUUGGGUUUGAUGUUCUGAGCUACACCCCGUGCCAGUCCCGUGUGUUGGUGGAAUCCCAUGGCCUCUUUGGAAGCUCUGGGUGCUGCCUGAGAAGCACUGUGCUGUUCCCAGGAGUUACACUUGCUGACUAUUCUGGAGAAGAUGGUGCCAAGUCCCAAGUGAGGAGAUCCCAAAUAUUCAGUGGGGCAGUCGCAGCCUCUGCAGAUGAGCAGGGUUUCAGCAAUCUCCUCUUUUUAGCAGAGUUGUGCUCCAGUGUGCUUCCCUUGUUGCCAGGUAUGUGGCUGGAAAGCAGGAGGAUUUCAGGCAGACGGAACGAAAAAGGAGGUAGAAAUGUGGCAGAUCAUUUCAGCAUCUGCCAGAAACAAUAAGCUAUUAUUCGUCUGUUGGAGGUAGUGAGAAGAGACCUUACCAGGAGGUGAAGUUCACUUUCAGUUGGCAGCAUAACUCGCUGUGAAGCUCAGCAGAAAGUCUGGAUGAAUUCGAAAGCCUGGGGCAAAUGAAAGCAGCGUUUCUUACCUUGCUGCAGCUCAGCAGCUCUCAUUUUCUCAGAUCGAGUUCAGCUUCAGAGCAGCCGACAAGGCUGGAAAGCAUCCUUCUCUCCUGUCCUAUGGGCUGCCUUCUUGAUCCCGAGCAGCUGGCAGCUAAAAGUCACCGUGAAGAGUGCUGUCAGGGAGACAGGAUUUCAGUGAUGGGCAGAGACAAUCCUCCUUUCCCACCCAAACUACUUGCAGCAUCAUUUUGGGUCCAUCACCACACAGACUUCCUCAGCUUUUCCAGAUUAUUAUAAAUAUGGCAAAAGCCAGCGCCUCUCUGCUUCCGUAUCUCCUUGUCAUGGAUUUCUGCUGCAGCACAGAAACUUCUUAGAACAAAAUGGCAGAUUGCAGAACGAAUUGCAGCGGGAACUUUUGGAGGCGCAGAGCAGAAACUGCUUCAAAGCAAAUCCAUGGAGGAUUUGUCCAGAGAUGUUCUCAGUGCAGCUCAAUCCAAGCAGUUCUUCACCAGCUGAUGGUCCUGUUCUGUUUCUUAGGCUCUCUCCCCAGGCGUCCAUUCUUGGUGGGAAUAGGAACGAGGUAUUUGAAUGGGCCCAGAGCCUGCAGGCAGUGCUGAGGCUUACGCUGUUGAAACCAGGUGCUGUCAGUCUACUUGAAGAGUACACGGGUAGCACAGCAAGUUGGUAGGUUUUCAGAGGCUGUUGCACUGUCCUCUGCAUUCCUUAUGCUCCAGAAUUUUUCCCAGGGUCUCUCCAUACCGUAGGAACAUCACCUCAGUGGUUCACUGCAGACUCGUGCAAAGGGUGUGAAUCAACUUCCUUUGUUCAUUUGGGUGGCUCGACCUUCCUGCUGUAUUGCUGUAAGGUCUGCUGUCUGUCUGGAGAUGUGGGCAGGGGACGGCUUCCAGAAGGAAGCACCGUUGCUAUCUGGAACAGCAGAAAACACAUUGAUCUGGAGAGGAUUCUCACCGGCUUCAAAUCCUCACGGCCUCCCUUUCAAAUGUCUCUGCUUCUGUUUUGCUUUGUUCUUCUUCCUGUCAUCCACCUUAAAGCACACGUUAUGUUCUGCAUUGCUGUGGGAUUGGCUCAUUCUGGAGGCUUUGUCUCCCGUGUAGCUGGAGAAAACGAAUGGAAUAAUCAGUCCUUAGUGAUGAAAUUUGCUGAGAUGCUGAAGAUGACAACUUCUGUGCUUAUCUGUUGCUGAAGCAGAAAAUGUCGCUAUGUUUUUUAGAUAAAGCAAAGAGAUAAUGACCUGCAGAAUACAAUUCCCCAAGCCCUGCUUAAAUGAGAUUCAGAAGUCGGGUACGUUCUCUAUCCAAAUAUUUCCUAUUCAGUUCUGAGUGAACCAUCUGUGAGUGAGCCUUGGUGAUCCUUUCAGAGGGAAGGGUAUGAAGAACCGACCAGCCAUCGCCACUGAGAUUAUUUCAUCUUCCUUCUUUAAUGGUGUAGAUGAACCGUGCUCACAGUAAGCCCAAACAAGCAGCAAUACUGAAUUUUCUGCUUCAGAGCUCAAAACAGUGCCAAAUUUAGGAUUAGAAUGAUCCUGAGGAGGGGAUGGGCUGUUGCCAUGUCUUCUGACUACAUUGCCUUCCUUCCCCAUAGUGUGGAGUUCAGCCUGUUUUGGGGACGUGGUGCUCCAUCGGUUCAUGCUCUGCAUCGCCGCUUGCAGAAUCCAGCUCCCUUUCCUUCUUCAGCUUUUAUCCUUUUGUGGAGACAUAGUGCAUUAUUAGCUGAUAUGAAUGUAAAUGCUUUCUUGCCUCACCUUUCUUGGCCUCUCUGCCUGGCGGUGCUGCUGGCUUCAGAGCUGGGCUGUGGCUUUGGCCGUCUGCUGGCAGCAGCGAGCAUCACACCUCCCUGUGAAUGCCAUGCACAGCCACGCUGCUCUUUCUUCCUGACUGCAUUGCAUACUCGGGUCUACUUCACUACGUUCUCCCUCUUACGGCUGCUUUUAACAUCGUGGGCUUUUCCACUUCCCUUUCUGCCACCCUCCAGAAUUUCCCCCAGCUCUGGCUUAGUCUUUUCUCGCUGUUCCCUGUCUGAGUAUUCACCCACACAAUUAUGGGGCUGCAUUAUAGCUGUAGUUAAGUUAUGACAUCGUUUAUGUCUGCCCUCUGACAAAAUUCCUGUGUCUUGUCACGCUCUGUCUUGUUCAAGACUCAGUCUACAGAGAUAGAAAGAAGUUAUUUCUGCCUCUGUUUCAAGAGAAAAGGUAUUUGGGAAGAUAGGUUAGCUAAUGCUAAGAGAUCGGGAGAAAGGAGAGGCCGCAUCAUUUGAGUCUGGUGAAACACAGCAGAAGGCAGAGAACGGGUUGUUACGCCCCACAGAACGGCUGUGAGAAGCCUCCUGAACUGGUGCUCCAAGUAAUUUCUGGUAUCCCACUGUGUCCUUUAUCAAAAGCGAGUCUGUUUGCCACGCCGUGGUGGGGGUGCGGAUGGUAGAGAGAGUUCUGAAAGACUGGCUUUGCCGAGCUGCUGUGUCUUGCUGCUGCUUUUUGGCUUCAGAUUUUGUAACCUCACAAGAGCUGUGAUUGAUUUGCUGGUGUCCUGGGCAUUGCUAGCAAUCCUGCCAGGCCUUGGUUUACUCCAGCAGUGUUCAGAAGAGUAGGCAAUUCAUGCACCGUUCGAUUGGUUUUCAUUAACUUGCAAAUCUCUCUCUCGUUUCCAGUCGUCAUCAUCUAAAUGGAUUCUAGUGAAAUUUCGGGGUCUCUGGACCCCCUGUCUCUGCCUGACAAACCGCUUAUUGGUGAUCUUCCUGCUGACAUGGAGUUUGGGGAGGAUCUCUUGGGCUCCCAGACUGCUUCUACCCAGGAAGCUGCAGUUCUUCGGCCCCCAGACUGGGAUCAGUCCAAGCAAAUGACUGCAGAUGGGGACUUAGGCCUUCAGGAGAAAGGAGACAGCCUGUCUGAACAAAACAAAUCAAGUGACCUCAGUCUAGAUAAACCCGGUGCUGUGUUGGACGUCCUGGAGAAACCUGAUGUGUUAGAUGACUUGGAUGGAACUGCUGGCUCGGUGGAAAAUAAAUCAGAGGAUCUGGAUGAGCUGUGUAAGGCACAGCCUUCCCAGGAUGGGGAGGGUGGGAUGGGGGACUCCUCUGCCGUCUCUAAAGAGGCCCUUGUUCCAGAAACACAGAAAGAAGGGGAAGAUGCACCAAAAACUAAUUCUGGGGACCUAAAGGAAGAUGGUGCUGCUGCUAUUCCUGCACUGUCUGAUGAAAACGGCCCUGAAUCACCGCCACAGCCUGCUCCUGACUCUGGAGACCUCAGCAGUGCCCCAGCCAUAGAAGAAACCACAGCACAACCCUCGAGUCCGCCGGUAGCCCCUCCACAACUCAGCCUUAAACAGCCAAAAAAGACGAGGUUGAAGGCACCGAGGAAAAGCUCACCUGUGCAGAGGGAAGGACUGCCGGGGGACGCAGAGGGGGAGCUGCGCCCAGACAGCAGUAUGGCAGCUCUGCCCUCUGAGCCUGCGCAGGAAAAGAAAGCAGAGGAAUGGAAUGAUGAUGGGAACAACUCACUGAGAGAAAGCACUGGACCGAGGGCAGAGGAAGCUGCGUUACCAGCAGAAGGCUUGUCUCGGAAGGGAAGUGUGCCCCAAACUGAGAAGGAGAAAAGAAGUGAACGAGCCAGAAGAUCAGAAAGUGCCAGGCCUGAAACUGUGAACUCUGCUGAGAGCAUUCCGGUCUCUGACGAAGAUUCUGAUGCAAUGGUGGAUGAUCCCAACGAUGAGGAUUUUGUUCCUUUCCGUACGCGCCGCUCGACUCGCAUGUCGUUACGCACUCAGGUCGCUCAGAGAGCUGCCCGUUCUGUCGCUAAGAUGACGUGUGCCAACUGCCGGACCCCGCUGCAGAAGGGCCAGACUGCCUACCAACGGAAAGGACUCCCUCAGCUCUUUUGCUCCAGCUCCUGUCUCACCACCUUCUCGAGAAGACCGCAUGGCAAGAAGAUAUGCACCUUCUGUAAAAAGGAGAUCUGGAAUACCAGGGAUUCUGUGGUUGCCCAGAUUGGUUCAGGUGGCUCUUUCCAUGAGUUCUGCACCUCCGUCUGCCUGUCCCUCUAUGAGGCCCAGCAACAGAGACCAGCACCUCAGUUUGCAGACCCCACAGACACCAUCCGUUGCAGUGUCUGCCAUAAACCUGGUGAGGUGCAGCAUGAGGUCAGCAAUGGGAAUGUAGUUCACCGCAUUUGCAGCGACGCCUGCUUCACCAAGUUCCGAGCCACCAAGGGGCUGAAAACCAACUGUUGUGACUACUGUGGACUUUAUAUAUACAAUAAGGGCAUGCCCGUGGAGUACCUCUUCCAUGAAGGCCAGCAAAAGCGCUUCUGCAACUCUAGCUGUCUCAACAGUUACAAGAAGAAGAACACCCGAGUCUACCCUUGCAUGUGGUGCAAGACGCUGUGCAAAAACUUUGACAUGCUGCCCAAUGUGGAUCGCAGUGGCAAGAUGGGACUGUUCUGCUCCAUUUGCUGCACUACCUCCCACAAAGUGAAGCAGUCGGGCUUGGUUGGUCCCCCUAGACCCUGCAGCUUCUGCAGAAAGAGUUUAUCUGAACCCUGCUAUUACAACAAGACAGACCGGGUUGUCUACCAAUUCUGCAGCCCCAGCUGCUGGACCAAAUUCCAGCACACCAGCCCGGAAGGUGGGAUCCACCUGAACUGCCAUUACUGCCACAAUCUUUUCACCGGGAAGCCAGAGAUCCUAGACUGGCAGGACAAGAUGUAUCAGUUCUGCUGCAAGGAUUGCUGUGAGGACUUCAAACGGCUACGUGGGGUAGUGUCUCAGUGUGAGCACUGCAAGCAGGAGAAGCUGCUGCAUGAGAAGAUCCGCUUCUCAGGGGUGGAGAAGAACUUCUGCAGCGAAGGUCAAUCUUCAGAAACAAAACCACCCGCUUCUUCCCAUCAGAAGGCAGAGACUAACACGUUGUCAUCAAAGACCUCCUCAGCCCACAUGUCUCCAGCUGCGCCGCCUCCCCCACCCCCUCCAGUUCCAGCCACCCCUCGGAAGAACAAAGCUGCCAUGUGCAAACCACUGAUGCAGAACCGGGGUGUUUCCUGCAAAGUAGAAAUGAAGUCCAAAGGAUGUCAGACAGAGGCUGACUGGAAGCCCCAGGUGAUUGUGUUGCCAAUCCCAGUCCCGAUCUUCGUGCCUGUGCCUAUGCAUAUGUACUGCCAGAAAGUACCUGUGCCUUUCUCCAUGCCUGUCCCGGUGCCUGUGCCAAUGUUUCUACCCACCACACUGGAGAGCGCGGAUAAGAUUGUGGAGACGAUUGAGGAGCUGAAGGUGAAGAUCCCCUCCAAUCCUCUAGAGGCUGACAUCCUGGCCAUGGCAGAGAUGAUUGCAGAGGCUGAGGAACUGGACAAAGCCUCCUCGGACCUGUGCGACUUGGUGAGUAACCAGAGCGCAGAGGGUCUCCUGGAGGACUGUGAUCUGUUUGGACCAGCAAGGGACGAUGUGUUGGCUAUGGCUGUCAAGAUGGCAAACGUCCUCGAUGAGCCAGGCCAGGACCUGGAGGCUGACUUCCCUAAGAACCCUCUAUACAUCAACCCCAGUGUGGAUUUCCUCUUUGACUGUGGGCUGGUGGGCCCCGAAGAUGUGUCCACAGAGCAAGAGCUGCCUCGUGCUGUCCGAAAGGGGCAGAAGCGUCUGGUGCUCUCUGAAAGCUGUUCCCGGGACUCAAUGAGCAGUCAGCCCAGCUGCACAGCACUGAACUACUCCUAUGGUGUGAAUGCCUGGAAGUCCUGGGUGCAAGCCAAGUAUGCAGGGGGAGAGACCAGCAAGGGAGAGGAGCUGCGCUUUGGCCCCAAGCCCAUUAGGAUCAAAGAAGACAUCCUGGCCUGCACAGCAGCUGAACUCAACUAUGGCCUGGCUCAGUUUGUCAAGGAAAUAACGCGGCCCAAUGGAGAGCGCUACGAACCAGACAGCAUCUAUUACCUUUGCCUUGGCAUCCAGCAGUACCUGCUUGAGAACAAUCGUAUGGUGAAUAUAUUUACAGACCUUUACUACCUGACCUUCGUGCAGGAGCUGAACAAGUCCCUGAGUGGCUGGCAACCCACAGUCUUACCAAACAACACAGUCUUCUCACGUGUCGAGGAGGAGCACCUCUGGGAGUGCAAGCAGCUGGGCGUUUACUCACCCUUUGUGCUCCUUAACACCCUUAUGUUCUUCAACACUAAGUUCUUUGGGCUGCAGACAGCGGAGGAGCACAUGCAGCUCUCCUUCACCAACGUAGUACGGCAGUCUCGCAAGUGCACCACAGCCCGUGGCGUCACGAAGAUGGUGAGCAUCCGCUACUGUGCUCCUGCCAAGCAGAAGAAAGGCCGAGAUGGUAGCACUGGAAAGAGGAAGCGUGAGGAGGAGAUGCCAAUGUUGGAGCAGCGGGAGAACAAGAUGAACCCGCUUCGAUGCCCCGUCAAGUUCUACGAGUUUUACCUCUCUAAAUGUCCUGAGAGUAUGCGGAACCGCAACGACAUCUUCUACCUGCAGCCUGAGAGGUCGUGCAUCGCCGAGUCCCCGCUUUGGUAUUCAGUCAUCCCCAUGGACAGGAGCAUGCUGGAAAGCAUGCUGAACCGCAUCCUGGUGGUGAGGGAGAUCUACGAGGAGCACAGCCGGCUCAGCAGCGUGGAGGAUGAUAUGGACUAAGCACAAGGUGCUGCUGGGCUCUUUCUGCUCCAGCCUUGGACACCUCAUCUCCGUGACUCCUGUUUUGGGGGCCGUGCAGCACAGCGUGGGGCCGGGACUGCAGCAAUGCUGUCCCCACAUUGUUACUGGACUCAAGACAUCUCAUCCUGCUCGUAACAGGCCUUUCUUACCUACGUGGCGCCUGCGCUCAGCCCUGUCCCGUGCCAGGUGGGCCAUCUUCCCUGGGGCCAGCCCCUGCAGCACAGAGGUGGCAAAGCCACCAGGGUGGUGGCCCCUUUUCCUCCCCAUCCUCCCUCUCCCCAGGGCUGCAGCCCCUACCCCCCGACUCUUACACUAACCCCUUCUCCCUCUGCCCUGAGGCAGGAACCGCACAAUAUGGCAGAGCGCUGCCUGGGACCAGCAGGCUCUGAGGCUUUUAAAUUCCCCCUUCCCUUGGCAUCAGCUCACAGAAGCUGCAGGUGGCACAGCAGGAACGGUAGCUCUGCUGCAGUGGGACAAUGUUUUCAGGGCAGCAGGGAAGGACCACCGGCAGAAUGUGAACUGUUGGAUAGGGGAAGAGUUGUUUCCAGGGUUGGGGGUUGGCCAGGGCUGGCUGUUGGGAGCAGAUGAAGUUGGUGCUGGAACGUGGGGUCAGAGGCCCAGCUGGGCCGUCUCCCUCAAUUUUGUCAAUGUUUUCUGAGUCGGCAGAAAACUGACUGACACGGGUCUGUGCCAGUGCUGCCCUUCCCUCCCCACUGUCCCCAUUCCUGGUGUAGCCCCCUCCACAAGGCAAGGUGCCACCAGCACUGCAAGCUGGCUGGGGUGCUGGUGGCAGUGGUGGGUCCCUCUGCUCCUGCUCCAGGCUCAGGCAGCCACUAGCAGAAGUGAGGAGAUCUGCUUGGCCUCUCCUCCCUCCCAAAGUUGCAGGGCCCCAGUGCCUGCCCAGAGCGGGCUGGGCUCCUGCUGUGCUGUUCCCUGCUGCCUCCUACCCCUCCUCGUGUUCUGGUUGGUUUUCCUGAGCUGUACAUGGGUCUCAGCACUGUUUGUUGAGCCUGUAUAUAUUGUUCUGGGCCUUGGCCUGGGGCCCUCUGUUCUCUGUGUCCAUGUGGAGAGUGAGCCACUCACAAGUCUUGUUGUAGUGAUAACAGGGCGUUAGGACUAACCCUGUGUCUCUGGAAACCAUUCAUUUCAAAUAAAGUUGCAGAAAGUUG